AUUUUCAAUAUCAUGCCUAAUUAAUUUCAUUUUUUUAACAGGAUUCGUUACUCGAAAAGCAUCAAAAUGGUGAAUUCAAGCCGGAUGGAACUAAGGAUGUGCUCACCACUGUAUUGGAAACUCCCGAGCAUGCGGGAAGGGUUCGUGGGGUUGGAAACUUUAUACCUCCAACUGUGUACUUCGACUUGCCGAAAAAGUCGAGGAAUCACAUUACCAAAGAGCAAUUUCAUAAUCUUGAGUUGCAAAUUGCUGAGUUGAAAGCUUUGAUUGCUGGGGGCAAUUAUCAAAAUUCACCAAUUCAUCAAAAUUCCGAGAAAGCAAGUUGUCCAGGGGCGGUGAAAGAACAAGAACAAGAACAAAAGACCAGAAAGCAACCUGUUGCAAAAAAACUGAUGGCAGAUGAAUUGAUGACCGAUGAGGAUAAAGAGUGUGCUGAUUUGGUUAUUAUUCCUCCUCCUGGUCCUCCGGAACAAAAGGGUCCUCGCAAAUGUGAACUGGCAGUGGACAACAUCGAUAAUAAGGUAGCUUUUGGUGUUGUUUUUGAUGAGGAAGAUGGAUUGAGUACAUCGAUUCAUGGAGUGCCUCUACAACCAGGAUUUGUUCGUGUUAGUGUGGACGGAAGCAUUCAGGACGAUGCUUUGGUGCCUGUUCCUGUAAUUGGUGAGAUAGAAACCGUCCACCAAGCCAUCGGUUCUCAUUUAGCAUGGCCCAAAGACAUGAUCAGCUACAUCUCCAGUACUGGAUCGGAGGUAUAUAAUUUAAAUAAACAGUUUAAAUUUUGA